AUGGGAGAUAGUCAAAUCGUGGAAGCCGAAGCUGGGCUUGGGCCGAACCAGGACCCCGUCGAUGGUACGCUUCGUGAUGAUUUGGAGAGGCCGGUACUGCCUGAGAAAUCAGAGUCGAGUUCAACCCCACCAAUAUCCAAUCUGGUCACCUGGGACGGUCCGGAUGACCCUGCCAAUCCCAAAAAUUGGACAUACGGGCGCAAAUGGACAGUCACCGUCGUCGUAUCCGCCUACACUCUCAUCUCGUCAAUCUCAACUUCUAUUGUAGCGCCUGCAUUGAGCAGUAUCGGUCCCGCAUUACAUAUUCAGAGCGCAUUCAUCUCUUCGCUUUGUCUUUCGGUCUUCAUUCUUGCAUACGCCUUCGGUCCGUUCCUCAUUGGUCCACUAUCUGAGGUCUACGGUCGAGUUUUGGUGCUACAGCUGGCUAAUUUGUUCUAUUUGGUCUUCAACACUGCCUGUGGGUUUGCACACAACACUACUCAGAUGGUGGUCUUUCGCUUCCUCGCAGGACUCGGUGGAAGCGCACCCUUUACAAUAGGAAGCGGUAUACUUGCAGACUGCUGGGUAGCUGAAGAGCGUGGAAAAUCAAUCGCUAUCUAUACUCUGGCCCCUCUCCUCGGUCCAGUGUUGGGACCUGUAAUGGGAGGUUUCAUUACGGAGAGAACCUCCUGGCGGUGGCUGUUUUGGGUUAUCUCGAUCGCUGAUGGGGCUGUACAAGUUCUCGGCUUUCUGUUCUUGAGGGAAACCUUCGCGCCCACAAUACUCGCCAGAAAAGCACAGAAACUGCGAGAAGCUAGCGGCAAUCAAGCCCGGCAUACCAAAUGGGAAUUGUCGGGUCGUACAUUUUCCAAGAUAUUGAAGCUAGCACUUGUACGACCAUUCGUUCUCCUCGGGACACAGCCUAUCAUCCAAGUCAUUGCCCUCUACCUGGGUUAUCUUUAUGGUGUCGUUUAUCUUGUUUUGACAACGCUUCCCAUUUUGUGGACCGAGCGUUACCACGAAUCUAUCGGGAUUGCUGGUCUCAAUUACAUCUCCCUAGGAAUCGGUUACCUGAUAGGGACACAAUCCACCGCCCGCAUAAACGACACCAUCUACAAAAUCCUCAAGAAAAGAAGUGGCAAAGAAGUCGGCCGGCCGGAAUUCCGCCUUCCUCUUCUUGUACCCGGUGCAAUACUUGUCCCAGUUGGUCUCCUCUGGUAUGGAUGGAGCGCACAGGCGCAUGUUCAUUGGAUUAUGCCGAACCUCGGGAUAGCAAUCUUUGGUGUGGGAUUGAAGAUCGCAACUCAAUGUACGCAAACGUAUGCAGUGGAUACGUACACGCUCUACGCUGCGUCCGCCAGUGCUGCCGGGCUUUUCUUGCGUUCCCUAGCUGGCUUCAGCUUCCCGCUAUUCGCGCCAUACAUGUAUGAUAGACUGGGUUAUGGUUGGGGAAACAGCCUAAUAGCCUUGAUCGCAACACUAUUAGGGUUGCCCGCGCCGUUUUUGCUCUGGAAAUACGGACCGUGGUUGAGGGUCAAGAGUCGAUACGCAGCUGGUGGUGAAGAGCCAUAG